AUAGGUAGGGGGUGUCAUUGACUGUUGAUGAGAACUAGACUGAGCAAAUGGGACAUCAUCCAUAGAAAAUGUCAGUCUUCCGUCUCCAACGAAACAAAGCCAAUUCAGUCCACAUUUUUCCACAGCACAGACGUCACCAUUUGAAGCCAGACGAGGAUAGUAAACAUUGAUUUGUCGAUCCGAAUCAAUGUUUUUAUGAGAUCAUGCCGCACUCAAAUGCGGGGGCUAUAUUUAAGCUCAGUCCAAUGAUUCUGGUUAUCCGUAGUUGUAAGGCUAAUCUGAAGAGCGCAACCAGGAAGUGGGCAGUUCCAGUGGCCAAACAAUCCCCAUGAUGACCAGUGGGUGCCUUAGCCUUAUAUUCGCGCCUCAAGAGACCACUGCCUGCAAUUAGCCUCCCAGCUACACCUAGUUCAUCCAUCCAGCGGGCACCACAUGCUUUUACUGAGACAUCUUAUUGGUCAGUUUAUAACUUGAAUAACUUGCAAUAAAUAAACAUAUUUUAAAUAAUAUGAUUAGAUAGCAGAUGUUAAGACAAAUGUAUCAGAGGAAGAAUUGUUAUCCUGAUAAAUAAAAUGACUGAGAAAUAACUUUCUAUUUCUCUAUUGAAGUCUAUGGGACUUUGACCUUCUUUAAACCAGCAGGUACUUCCUAUUUGGAACACCAGAAGGGAAGGGUUGCUAUGUCCAGUGAUUAUACGGUCAAUGAUUCCAUCUAGAAGUUAGUUGAUUAUCUUACCAAAACAUUCUUUCUGACAAAAUGCAAAUGAUCACCAUUUCCUUUCAGCUAUAUGGUUUUUCUAUUUAUUAAAUGUAACUAUCUGUUCUCUUUACAAACUCUGCAUACUCAAUAAAUCUUGCCUUAAAGCUUUAAAUACAACAUGUUUGCAUUCCAAUUUGUCAUUUAUCCCUGAAAUAUGGAAUGCUUUCUUCCAUUUGUCUCUCUCUCCUGACUGUCCGCCUCUCUGAUCUGUUUGGGCGUUAAAAAAAUAAAAAAUAAAAAAUAAAAAAAUAGAAGAGGGUGGGGCGGGCGGGGAGUGGUGGGAGGAGCCAGCAUCUGGUGCUCCGGUUGGUGGAGAAUGACGUAUCCGGAGCCACUUCCUGGUCUGCCUGCUCUCCGGGAGGAGGAGAGGCAGACUGCAGUGUUGUUAGUUUGGACAAAAUGGCUGCGAGACCGCUGUCAAAGAGAGCCUCCUGAACGCCUACCGUGAGUGUCUGCUCCGCCGUCUGGAUCCACAGAGAAUGUAUUUUUUGGAGCCGCUACUCACUUUGGAUUCGCGGUAGCCAGCCCGUCGCUAGUCGUCCAAGCGACGACUUAGACGACAACGUUUCUUUUUUGCACUUUAAAACAAGUUGGCUGGCUGGCUGACAGACGACUGUCGGCUUGCUUACCGAGAACUCAUCGGCAUUUUUUUUUAACGAAAGCUGCCCGAAUUCUCCGGUUUUUGCAUAACCUCGAAACAGUCGACGACUGCCAACGCCAACCAGCUAACGAUAGCUUGCAUAAUUUAGCUGCUUUUAAAGUCUUUUAUUCGUUUUUGUUAUUAGUGGUGCUUCGACCCCCUUCCCCGCCCCCCAGUUAUAUUGUGACGUUUUAACAAACUGUUCUUUUUUUUCUUGGUGCGUACAAAAUUUUCGGCCUAUUUUAAUUGUAUAUUUUAUUUUAUUUUGCUCCAAGCAGAAAUUACCGUACUUGCUGUGUAUAUAAAUCUGGCUGAAUAGCCGUUGUUUACCUCGAUAUUCUUGACACCAAGCUGCUCCAGCAGUAGCAGCAGUCGGCUUACCAAUCAAGUCUGGCGUCUAAAUCUUUACUCCAUCUCCUUACGGGUAACUAAAAUCAAUAAGUUAAAAAAAAAAAUAGGCGGAAAUACUUCUUUUUUUCCUGCAUUUUUUCCCUGCCAUGCACAGAAUCUUCGUUGAAAGCGGCCAAAGCUGUGAUUAAUGCAAGCUGAGAGAAGCUAGCGACACAAAAAAAAGACAACCAUUUGAUGGAAGAAAAUAGAAGGAAAAAUCAAGAGGAAAAGACCAAGAAGGACAUUGCUCAAAAAAAGGCUGCUGAACAGAAACCCAAAGUGCCAGAGCCUGCUCCCACUAAGCCCAGUCCUGGUCCAUCUCACCACCUUCACCCUACCAGCCCCACGCUGCCCCUCUCCUCCUCCUCCUCUUCUUCUUCUGGCAAUGGCAAGCGCCCCCCCUGCAGUAGCCAGCUCUCAACUCCGACUCCCCCUCAGCAGCAGUGCCAGUUGUCCUCUGCCAGUACCCGCUAUCCGGCCAGAGAGGUCCCCCCACGCUUCCGUCAGCAAGAGCAGAAGCAGCUACUGAAGAGAGGCCAGCCCCUGCCUGCGGGAGCCCUCGGCGCUUUCACUCUCUCCUCUCCCGUCUCCUCUUCACUCUCGUCCUCUAAUUCCUCUUCUUCUACAAGUACCAGCAGCACUACCCUAGACUCUGCCACAUCUGCUGCCAGCAAACACCACCCAGAUAUAUCCCUCCAUAGUGGUACUGGUGCCCAGCAUGAGGCCUCUCCUUGGAGAGCUACUGUACCAGUUGAUAGCACCAAUAGCUGGGACAAAGUGAUCAUUGACAGAAGCGACACAGAAGAUUGGCCAUCGAUAAGCCGUAGCACUGAAUCCAUCCACCUGGCCACUGCGGAAUGCCCCUUGAGCUCAGCUAGCUGUAACCUAGACACCAGUGUUGUCACUUCUUCUGGACGCGGUUUUCUGAGCAUGGCCACUGGUGCUGCAGGCCAGCAGGCCCUCUACAACUCUCUCAAAGCAAACAAUAACAUGAUGACUGGACCUGUGUCAACCAACACAUUAGCAUGUAACAGAGGCUGGGGCUCCGAUGUAAAGCAAGAUGGAAUGAAUGGUGGCAGAGCUGGAAUGCCCAAUAACUGGGGCUCACCAAAUUUCAACUUGAACCUCAAUCCCAACGCCAACCCGUCAGCCUGGCCUGUCCUGGGCCAUGAAGGUAGUGCUAGUAGUGUUAGUGGCCCCAAUGUUAUGAACAAUCCUUCCUCGCUUCCACCAGGAAUAAAUGGAAACGGAAAUGUGGGAAAUGGAAAUGCAGAUAAUGGAGGUGGAGGUUGGGUUAGCAUGAUGAGUGCUAACGAAAAAGAUCAACAGCACCCCUCAACCAACACAAAUUUAUCUUUCAACAUGGAUCCUGUUAACCUGAACACUGAUGGACCAAACUACGGUAAACAGCCGCAACAAGCUCAGGAGCCUAUGAGCCCUAUCCACGGCUUAACUGGCUGGGGAGGCCAGUCGCCCACUGAGUCAUCUCAGCUCAAUGGUGACACAACAGGCAGCUCUGUAUGGGGUAUUGGAGAAACUAAGGCAGCUGAGUCUCCUAAGGACUCCAAUUGGGAAUCAGCUGCCUCCGGAAGCCUUUCUGCUUGGGGCCGCCAAGGCAGCGGUGGAGGAACUAGUGGAAAUGGCGGUUGGGGUGAGUGGGGCAAAUCCUCUGGCAAUGAAGUAUCUAAAGGCUGGGACUCAAUUGAUGCUGGCAGCACCGGUUCUGGCCAGGAGCAGCAACUUGGCUCAUGGGGAAAGCACUCUGGAACUCCCCCAGCCAGUGAAGGCAGCGGGGACAGCAGUGAAGGUCGAUCCAGUAGCAGAGACAGAUCCUCCAGCAUGGAUUUUGCCCCCCCUUUGCUACCUCGACAGGACCUAGAUCCCAGAGUGCUAAAUAAUUCGGGUUGGGGACAGACCCCAAUCCGACAGCACACUGUAUGGGAGAUGGAAGAAGCCAGUUCUGAUGAUGGAAAAAGCAAUAGUAGCUCAGACACCAUAGUAGGUUCCAGCUCUAUUGGUGGACCCUCAUCAACCAGUGGAGGUAUUAUCAACUCUAACCCUGGGCCCAACCAGAGGCCUGGUCCCGGAGGGAAAAAUGAUGGUGAAGGAUCUUCAUCUUCUGGCUGGGGGGCUGCUCCACCCCAGCCAGUUCAGACUGGAUCGGGUUGGGGAGACCCCCCACCUAUACUUAAAAAAGCAUCAAAUUGCACAGCCAGUGGCUGGGAUGACUCUUUACCUACCAGUGGUUCUAAAAGCGGAGGUACCCCGUCCUGGGGUUCUGAAGAUAAGUCACCCAGCUGGGAUGACAGCCCAAUGAAAAAUCAGCCCACAAGCUGGGGAGAGGCCCCCAAAAACUCAAGUAGCUGGGGCAAUAGUAAUGGGAGCUCUAAUGGAUCUGCCACAGGGGAGUGGGGAGAGCCAGACGUCAAGAACAAUGGGUCUUCCAGUAGCAUGUGGGAAGGGGAAGGAGGGAAUGGAGGUACAGGUGGAUGGCAAGACAGCCCAAGAAGAAGUGGUAGGGGAGGUGGCGGAUGGGCUAAACCAUCUCCCCCUUUAAGUAACAGUAACUGGGUGGAGUCUUCACGUACCAAUGGUCCAGUACAGGGAAACUGGGGCUCCUCCAAGCCACAGGAAAGCAGCAGCAGUGGCAGCAGUACCGGCAGUGGAGGAUGCGUCAGCAUUGGGUCCUGGGGUGGUCCAGGCUCCGUGAAGCAGGGCAGCUCCAGCUGGGCAAAUGCAAGCAAACAGGACCAGGUUAUGGAGCCCACUGGCUGGGAGGAACCCUCUCCUCCUUCCAUCCGCAGAAAAAUGGAGAUUGACGACGGAACAUCCACCUGGGGGGAUCCUACCGCAUACAGUAAAGCUGUCAACAUGUGGGACCGUAACAACCCCAGCGCUAAUCCAGGCAACAGUGGCCCACCUGCCAGCAAGAACGGUGGAAUGAUUAUGCCUAACAAUAACAACAAUCACCAUCACGCUCAUAACAUGCAUCACCAUGCCCAUCAUGCUCAGCCUUCAAGUCAUCUACAACACCGUGCAAACAAUAAUGGGUCACCAAGCACUGCAGCUUCUCAUCCAGGCGUGGGGGCCCAGGGUAGACCCUCUGUGGCCAACCCAGGUUGGGGAGAACUCCCCAAUGUUCAACCUAAGUCAGAACCAGCUUGGGGAGAACCAGCUGCUCCAACAUCGACGGUUGACAAUGGUACCUCUGCUUGGGGUAAGCCCCCAGGUGGUGUAGGAGGUUGGGGAGAUGGUGGCCAUGAGCAUUCUAGCCCUUAUAUCAGGGCCAACGGACCGUCAGGUUCUGCACCUUGCAAGACAGGCCCCAAACCUAUGCAAGAUGGCUGGGGAAGUGGAGGCGAGGAAAUGAGUAUGUCUUCUGGCCAAUGGGACGCUGAGGAUGGGGACGUUUGGAAUAGCCCCACGUCCCAGGAGAACAGUUCCUCCUGUAACUCCUGGAGCAACGGACCCAAGAAAUGUCCAAGCAAGGGGAAGAUUGGCAGCAAGCCAGAUGAGGCCUGGAUCAUGAACCGUCUCAUCAAACAGCUCACUGACAUGGGCUUUCCGAGAGACCCUGCUGAGGAGGCACUGAAGAGCAACAACAUGAACCUUGACCAGGCCAUGACGGCCUUGCUCGAGAAGAAAACUGACUUAGACAAGCGGGCCAUGAGCAUUUCUGAAUAUAGCAAUGGCAUCAACAAGCAACUUGUUUGUCGGCCCUCUGCACUCUCCAAAGAAUCCUCCGAUCGCGCCACCUUUCUAGACAAGGAUAGUGUCCUGUCAGAAGACACCCCCUCAUCACCGUUUUUGCCUUCCCCCAGCCUGAAACUCCCCCUGGCCAACAGUAGCCUUCCCGGCCAGAGUCUGGGACAGGGCAACCCGGGACUGGCAAUGCAAAACUUGAACAACAGACAGGUCCAAGCACAGCUCUUGCAGUUUGCAGCAAAAAACAUUGGUCUUAACCCUGCACUUUUAACCUCACCAAUAAACCCUCAACAAAUGACCCUGUUGUACCAACUUCAGCAGCUGCAAAUGGCGUACCAGCGUUUACAAAUCCAGCAGCAGAUGAUGCAGGCGCAGCGCAAUGUUUCCGGCCCAAUUAGGCAACAAGAGCAGCAAGUUGCACGUACAAUCACCAACAUGCAGCAGCAGAUCCAGCAGCACCAGCGUCAGCUGUACCAGGCGCUGCUGAUGAAGCAGCAGCAACUUCCCUCUCAUUCCUCCUCGUCCUCUUCCUCUGCUGGACUGCAUCCCCCCGGUGGCCCGACAGUAGGCCCUGGCUCUGGAAAAUCAACCCUGGACCCCUUCACAGGCCCACACCAGACUCCAGGCCUCACUGACACACUGCACACCAAAGAGCCACCAUCUUCCCCCAACACCUACAGCACCUACCCUCUAUCUGGACUGAAUCCAAACAUGAAUGUAAAUGUCAUGGAGGUGGGGGGCCUGUCCAUGAAGGAGCCCCCUCAGCCCCAGUCCCGCCUGUCCCAGUGGACGCACUCAAACUCCAUGGACAGCCUCUCUGGCAACUCCUCAAACUUGGAGAACAACCUCAGUAAGCAUGGUGCCAUAUCUGCUGCCUCUAGUCUGGUCUCUCCUGGGAAGCCUCCCCAGCUGGAGGACUCGUACAGUCCUUACAAUUUAAUCUCCAACUCAGAGUCCCCCACCAACCCCCUGGUGCCUCCAGACAGUUGGGGUCAAGGCAAGAGCCCCAAUGAGAAAAUCUCUAAUGGGACCAACAUUAACUGGCCUCCAGAGUUUUGCCCAGGCGUGCCAUGGAAGGGCCUGCAGAACAUCGACCCUGAAACUGACCCCAACAUGACCCCCGGCAGUGUCCCCAGCGGUCCCACCAUCAACACCAACAUCCAUGACGUCAAUCGAUACCUGCUGCGAGACAGAAAUGGAGCCACAUCUCCAGCUUCUGCACUUCAGAAUGACUCCCUACCUCCAACUACCAGUGAUCGGCCAGUCAGUGGCUUUUCUAGCUCAUUCAGUCUGUCAUCCUGUGAUGGAGACAGCUCAGGUAAACUGUCUGAAAUGAAGUCAACCUGGUCCCCGGGGCCCAUAUCUCAGAGCCAAGGCUCCUUAUCACAUGAGCUGUGGAAAGUACCUCAGGGCCCCCGCAGCACCACUGCUCCGUCCCGGCCCCCACCAGGGCUCACCAACACCAAGCCUUCUACCUCUUGGAGUGGCAACUCUCUGGGCCUGGCUCAAGGCUGGAGUGGGUCGUAUUCCUCAGAGGGAACUGCAUGGAGCACUGACACGUCAAACAGGACUAGCAGCUGGCUGGUCCUGAGGAAUCUCACUCCACAAAUUGAUGGCUCAACACUUCGGACUCUGUGCAUGCAGCAUGGCCCCCUGAUCACAUUCCACCUCAACCUGACCCAGGGCAAUGCUGUGGUGCGCUACAGUUCCAAGGAUGAGGCUGCAAAGGCUCAGAAGUCCCUGCACAUGUGUGUGCUUGGAAAUACCACAAUCCUGGCGGAGUUUGCUGGGGAGGAGGAGGUUAACCGCUUCUUUGCACAAGGCCAGUCGCUGGGGGCAAACACCACAAGCUGGCACGCCAACCCGGGACCCAAUCAGAAUCGGAUGGGCGGAGCAUCCCAGUCCCACUCAAUCGGCCAGUGGAGCAGCGGGGCAGGCGGUGGGAAAGCCAACGGCGGAGAUCUGCUGUGGGGAGGCGUGCCCCAAUACUCCAGCCUGUGGGGGCCGCCCAACGGAGAGGACGCACGCGUGAUUGGGAGCCCCACCCCGAUUAACACCCUGCUGCCUGGAGAUCUGCUGAGUGGAGAGUCCAUGUAGGAUGAUGCCAUGGUUACACUAACUCCCCCCUCUGUGGUAUGGGGUGGGGGGGCUUAUCAAACUAAAAAAAAAAAAAAAAAAAACGGUUUAGAAAUAAGCAAGAGCAAAACCCAAGCAAAUCAUGUGGCGAUAAUCAGUAUCAGUUUGAACUGUGUGAACUGUGAAUUGUGAAUCAGAGGGCCAGGGCCCCCCCACACAGAACUGACGGCCCUGGACCCUCUGGUUCACUGUGCUCGUCUUUUAUUGGGAGGAAAACAAACCUUUUCUUUCCUCCCAAUAUUUCUAAGAUGCACCAUAUGGAAAAAAAAAACUGAAAUUAGACACAAACACAAAGAAACCUUUUAAGUGUUUUAGUUUAUUUCCAUAAAUAUACAUGACAUUCUGUGUGAAGUGUUUUUAGAAGAAGCAAUCAAAGCUGCCAUCUGAGACUUUUCCUUUACCCUCAAGAAGAAGAAAAAUCAUCCCAAAAUAACACUUAAAACAACCAUUCCCAGCAUUUUCAUGGCCAAUGAUAUACUUCAGAGACCUUUAAUAGUUGUGUUAAUGUUUGUUUCUUAGCACUAAUAUUAGCCUUAAGUGCUCUCUGGCCCAAGUCCUUCCCAAGCCGCCUUUUUUAGUUCCUUUUUGUAACUGAAGAAAUAGCUGAAAUCUUGCACAGUUCACCUCUGAGCCAACAAGUGGUACAGAAGACGACUGCUGACCAAGCGCAUCACUGGGCAGUAAGAAGGCCUGGCCACCUCUGGCACUACCAAUCACCUGCUCAGUUACUUUGAUCCGUCUCAAAGGGGCUGACGCAGUUGUCGGAUAUUCUUUUGUUUGGACAGAAUCCCAGCAAAACCUUUCUGUUCCGUGUUUCAUAAGCUGAGAGAGGAUUUCUAGCGUGUGUUGCUGCGUGUGUUUGGGCAUGAACUUCUGGACUCUUGAACAAGUCGACGCCUGCAAAACCCAGAUUCCGUCUGGCCAACCUUCAGCCUGGACCCCGGUCGCUUACUGGUGCUUUGUCAAAUUUUCUAUCGUCUGAUUUGUAAUGAAGCCCUGUGGCCUACGCGGUCGGUCGGAGGACUAAAAUGACUCGGAUUCACUUUCACGUGACCAUUACAUUGUGCAAUAUAUACCAUCAACCUUUCUUCCGUCCAUACUCCUCCGGAGCUGGUUUUGUUUUGUCUUUUAAUUGUUUUUUUUUGUUUGCAAUUGUUGCUGAUUCAAGCAAAAGACUGGAACUUCUAACACCCCCUUUUCAAAACUUGGAUUUCCUCCGAUUCCCCUGAAACUGUUGGGGAAACUGCAAAGAGGAAGAAGCCGCCGUAGAAGUGUGCAUGCAGCAAAUUACACUGACAAUGGGCACACGACCACGCACGCUUCCUCUCUGCACGCUACAGCCACACCCAACAGAGACUGAAACUUCAGCGGGUUUUUGGGGGGGUUCUGGGUUCUGGCACAAUACCAAAUAAGAGGGGUUUCUCCUAAUGCAGUAGACCUACGAGUGUUCCUUGCGUUUGGUACCGUACAAACAGAAGAGACUUUUAUAGAUUCAAAGGGUUUGAUCAUAGCACUUAUGAAGAGCAAAUCACUUCAACUGCAAUCCAAUAAGUCCAAAAAAAAAAAAAAAAAAAAAGGAGCAGCAAAGACAUUGCAAACCAGAAGAAAAACUGCUCUUUGAAGUACUGUAUCUAUUCCAUGGAAAUGUGUAUGUCGUCGUUCCUCUGGUAGCAGGAUGAAGGGAAACACAACUGUAUUGUCGGACUUAAUGGGCAAAAAAAAAAAAAAAAUUGCAGAGCUGUUAAUUUUUUUUCUCUGCCCAGUUUUUGAACUUUAUCAAAGUGAAAAUCACUGUUACUCCAAAUCGUUCGCCUUGUUCUGCUUGGAGGCACAAGACUUGCAAUGUCAGCUUUCUCCGAUACUCCUGGACAGUAAGCCAGCCAGCCAGCCAGCGGCCAACCAGUGGGUGGAUGAGUCGGAGUGGAGUGGAGCAGAGUGGAGUGGUGGGGGAGUGUCCACCGAGUGCCUCUUUGCUGUGGUCCUCUGUGGUGUCAGGCAGCAGCCCCACAGUGCAGAACUUCCUCCUGGGCUCCACUUCCUCCAUCUGACCAGAGAAGAAGCAGUUCCCCCACAACUGGCCAAUCGUGGCAUCUCCCACAGGGGGGGGCAACCCCCCCAUCUCUCAGUACUUUGACACAGAGAUCACUUUAGCUGGAAGAUGUAUUAGUCAUGUUUCUGGAAUUUAUUUUUUAUUUUUUUUGUAUUGUGAUCAUUUGAGCUUUUUCUUUUUGAUAUAUUUCCAUGUUGAUUGACAUGCAGUGGUCUGCAAAUUACUGGCUGCUGAACAAGCCCUUCACUGUUCAUAUGCAGAAACACUUUGGUCAGAGGUGCCUCUGUAUGUUCAUCCUGUGUAUUGAAUGCAAAAUGAGGAUCAGUACUGCAGACCGUUAAUGAUUGUGAAUUGUGUUGAACUGCUCAUGCUUUUGUGUUUGACAGUAUUCUGUAGUACUUCCAGGUUAGUACCUUGAGUUGUGUUUCAAAAAAAGAAAAAAAAGGAUUCUCAGUCAGGGACGUGUGUGUUUGCCGCUCCAAGCUGCUUCGCCUGUUCUCCAUCUGCCCCUCGCCCUCCUCUGGUCCUCUGCCUAGCUGCUAGCCACAGCCUCCCCCUCGCCCAGACCCAGUAGCCCUCCCCUGACCAGGUACCAACAGCCCCUUGAAUCUGUUUCUAUGCAAAAAAAAAAAGACUUAAGAGGCUGGGGGGCCUUGAUAGCACCUGAAACUUCAAAACGGCCACCGCCUCGGUAAAGUCAGACCAAGCCACUGGAACUUUGUCACGUUGAAGUCAGAACACUUGAUCCAAGGUCAGCCUUUUUCCUCUCUGCGCUGAAGACACUUCUGUCCAGCUUGAUCUCAGGGUUGGGGAGUUGAUGAUAGCAUGUGUGAGAUGCAGCUCUCCGUUUUUAUCGGCCCUCUCUGCUGUGGGAGCCAAAAAAAAAAAACAUGGGUGGGGGCCAUUUAAAGCAACAAUACAGAGCCUUCUAAUGUGACCCACUCUGCAGGGGAGAAGGCCUGCAUGAAGCCCUUCUGCUCUCGCUGUGUGGAGAACAUCUGUGCAUGUGAAAGGUGCCAAUGUAUUGUGCCAAUAUGAAUCUGUGUCAUAGAUUAUAGAGUUUCUGUUGAACCUGCAGAACCUUUUAAGAGGGGAGGGGGGGGCAGACGGGAACAAACAAAAUGGCGGCAGCAUCACACACGUCGAUGGCUGAGAGCGUUCUUUUUUUUCUUUUUUUGGUGUGUGUGUGCUUUUUGUGGGGGAAUACCCCGUGUUAAGGAGAAAAUCUAUACUCAGUUUUGGGGGGGUCACAGUUUGCUACAGUGCACAGUUGAUGAUGGGUAAUCCCGGGUACAUAUUUUUUUAAAACCAAAAAGAAAUUGCAUUUUAACAUCAUUUUUAUGAAGUUUGACAUAAAAAUCAUUUUAAAAAAAUGCUUAAAAAAUCUAAAUGGAAAACAAAAAAAUCUAUGAUAUGUUGAGCUCUGCACUUCUAGCUGAAACGUCUCCGGCCAUCAGCCUAUACUACCGCCAACGAAAAAAGGUGGAGCAGUGACCGGGGCUGUGUUUUAUUUGAUUUUUUUUUGUUUUUGUGGAUGCUGUAUUUAUCUUGUUUUGUGUCCCGCUCAAAGCGGGCCCACUGAAUUGUACAUUUCCACAACCCCAGACGGCUUCGGCCCUCUGCGGCAGCCUCACUCUCUCAUCCUGCAGCAGCAGGACUGGAGAGGCACUUUUAGGAGGUACAAUGUCUUAAAAAGUAACGGAGAAAAGAAAAAAAAAAUAAAGAAAUAAAUGAGAAAAGGCUACCUUUCAGGACUUGGAGUCCUGCAGCACACAAGCAAAAAUCACUAUGGCCUGUUUCUGCAACUGCCUUUGAUCCAAGCUCAGACAGACCCGAUAGUCGAGGACCUCCCAGCAUCCUGUACAAACUGGAGAACCCCGACAGUUGGGGAGGGGGGGAGGGGGUUUCCCAUGCUGCACCAGCAUCGAGAGGUUCUCCUCUCUACAGCUCUGCUCUAUAUACCAGUAUAUAUGUGUACACGCCAUAUAUACACAAGUACAGUGUGUUGUAUCACCUCUUCAGACUUCUUGAAUCGUAAACCUCUGAAACUUUUCUCUCUUUUUUUUGGUGUGUGUGUUGGAAAGGUCCUGAAUUAUUACAGCUGAAAAAGAGCAAUAUGUAUUUUUUUUCUCUGCAAAUAAGUGGCACAGAGAAAGGAAAAAAAAAAAAAAAGAAUUUGGGUUGGGUGCAAACUUGAUACUUGAUUGAGUGAAAGCUACGACUUUCUUACGUUGGAGUUCUUAUGCACGUGUUGAGGACGUACGGCGCUUGAAGCCCAACCGCAAGCUUUGAUGCAAAUUUUACCCAGUCGAAACAAAUCACAGACAUAUCAAAACAGCACGUGUGUCAUAUAUACAUACAUAUAUAUGUGUGUGUGUAAUAUAUAUAUAUAUAUGUGUAUAUAUAAAUACUUGAAUCAUUGAGCGCCAAUUACAAAAUGUGAAGUCAGUACUUGUGUUCUGUGCAUCUGACAGGUACACUUCUGGGCUUUCAGAGGAUAUCAGACAUGUACUGGGUUAUCUUUCUUAGAUGAGCGCUUGGAAGUUCGAUGUUUGUAUGAAUGUGUGCUUGGAAAACUGCUGUUUUGUUCCACUCGGUGCGUUUCAUUUGUAAAUUUUUUUUUUUUGGUCAAAAUCUCUUCAGAUAGACGUUCUCUUCUAACGUUGCACUGAGUGUCUUCUGCCCCCGACUCGGCUAAUCCUAGGCAAGCGAGACGAGAGGGGCGACGGUGACAAUUCAUGUGUACAUGUUUACUCAAGGACUCCCCCGCCCCCCCUUCCCGUCAUUCUGUCUGUAAAAAGUUUAUCUACCUUAUAGUGGCUUUUAUUGUGAAAUAAUCCAAGGAUUAUUGAUGAGUAUUGCACCAUUUUGUUUUAAUUAUAGGAAAACUGUAGCAAAAAAAAAUGAAGAAAAAGAUAAAAAGCUUUAAAAAAAAAUAGAAAAAUUGAUAAAAAUUGUAAAAACAAAGAGCUGUGGUUUUAGAUCUUUAGCUGUAGAAGGACUAGUAAUCCUGAUGUUGGAGGAUUGGAAAGGGAGUUUUGUUACAAGACUCACUUCAGAGGUGCCUACCUUUUCCGUCUGUUUUGCAAAAGCCACCUGUCGUUUACAAGCAUUUCAUUCAUCCGACGAAAUAGGACUCUAUAACAGGAAUGGUUUUUUUGGGGGAAAAAAACGAGACUAAAUUCAUCCUGCAUCAACUAUGGACAUGAAACUCUAGCAAAAUGAAGAGUUAUUCUACUUUCAGAACUCUGGGAUUGAUCAGUGUUGUCAAAUGUUUCAUUUCUCUUUCAGUGACUGUAUGAAGUUUUUGAUUCCUUCUUUUUUUAUGUGAUGCUGAGAAAGGCUCACUAUCUUGCACACUCAUUAAAGAUGUGGAUUUUUUUGUCUCAGGAAAGGCCAGGGUUUCCAGAAACCAACUGCAUCGUUUCUUAGUUCAGUGUUUGUGUGAACAGAAUGCAACUGAACCAAUUCCGGCGAGCACUGAAGGAAGUUUAGCUUAUCAGAACAGAGAAAAGAACUUUGUUUUGUUUUUGCUCUUAAAGCAGCAGAAAGUUGGAAGUUGCAUAUAUUUACCAAAUAAGACUGAAAAAUCAAAUUUGUCAAAGUGGAGCGCUUUACAUGUGAAGUUUAGGUAGACGUUGCUUUACACUGAAACCAUGAUCAAUAGUUAGAAAAUACUGUCCGAAGAGGCUUUUUUACGUUUUUUGUCCUCUUUGAGGUUCCAUCCAGGAGCAUUGUGCAAGAUUCCUUUUUUCCUGAAUCAUCUCACGUGUCUGUUGUUAAACAUAUCUGCUCCUGGGGCAGGUAUGAAGCGGUGGAGAGAUUUCUUUAUAUAUAACAGGUGGUAUUCAGAGGCAAGUUGAAAGGGAGGAUGGAAGAUUUUUUUUUUUUUUUAAGGAUUCUGAUCUAUGCACAAGUGAAGAGGGGCGACUCCGAGCUGUCGCAGGUGACCUCCACCUGCUUGACAGCUCGCACUCUGGGGUUCAGGGUUGUUGAUGUUGGGUUUUUUUGUGUGUGUGUCUUUCAAAUCCCUUUCAACCCCUGAACUUCAUCUAAUGUUUUAGCAAAACUUGACAUUGUGUCGUUAUGCUGUGUAAUCCUUAACCAAUGAGCGCUUAUCCUGCUAAAGCACUGUGGGUUGUUCUUAAAGACAAAAAACAAAAAAAAAAUCCCUGACUCGAAGGCUAUCUCUUUUGUUUUUAUUUUUUAAAGGGGACGGAGAGGGCGGGUAAGGGAGUUUGGGCUUCGCCUUUCUCUUCACUUUGGGACAAAAGCAUUAAGGAAAAAUGUCUGUAACUGAAAUGCAAAGUUGUGGCUUUUAAUGUUGUUCUUUUUUCUCCUCAUAGAAUGUGAUUGUUACAAACAUGCAUCAGAAAAAAAUGUUUCCAUGGAUGAUGGAGCUUCUUUCAGACUAUAUUAAUAAAUACAAUUUUUCUUGGCUGUUA